UACUUUCGAAGAAAAUAAUAUGCAUACGAAUAAAUAACUGAGGUUGAAAACAUUAUUAAAUGAUUCAUUAAUUUACGUUGACAUAUAACUAAAAACAAAAAAAAAAUCAACAUUUUAUUUUCUCCCACAGGAAAUACUAUUUUGGUUUUAUGCAUGGACUGUGCUCGAGCACAUUAUGCUAGCAGGUUGGGUUGGGAUACCGUUCCGCUUCGUUUUAAAUCUCACUUCUGUACAAUUUAUCGCUAUCGGGGCAAUAAAAAACGGAGUUUGGCUUAGUUUUACAGACAACUUAGACACACGUUGUUCAUAAAACUUUGUUGUUAUUUGUUGCGUUAGUUAUUUGUCAACGAUUCUCUUUGUACACAAAGUGCACCAAAAGUAUUGGAACACACCUUCCGUGCACACCUUCCGCCUAGCCUAUGAUGCGUUUAGGGGCUGCAUGAUUUCUACAAUACAUCACGAAUAAAUAAACUUGUUCUCAACCAUUCAAUAGUUAAGCUAUUUAAGUAGCUGUUUAUUAUAAGAGUGCUGAUUCAAGUAGCUUUCUUGUAUGAAAAUACCUGUCAAUAGCAAUUGAUAGUUGCCUCAAGAAAUAACGUGUCAUCACUGAAGUGGGUAUUUACCAUAUUAUCUUUUACCGUGAACACACUUCUUCACGUCCACUUACAACAUUCUCUCAUGGAAUGAUUCAUGUUGUUCUGAAAGGUAAAUGGUUCAGCCUGCAGCCCAAGCUUUAAAGAAAAGAAGUGCGCAAUUCGUUAUCUAUGGACAUGCCUCUGUCAGGAUCAAGUGACCCUGGCUCGAGGGUUUCAGACCCACAACAUUCCCAGAAACUCCUCAGGGUCCUUCGAAUCUUCUGGCAAGAGCAAAGUUUCCACGAUGCAGUGCUGGUGGUGGAUGGAGAGGAGCUUCCGGUCCAGAAGAACAUCCUGGCUGCUGCUAGCCCUUACAUCAGGACCAAACUCAACUACAAUCCUCCAAAGGAAGACGGGUCUACAUACAGAAUUGAGCUGCAGGGGGUCUCCAUGUCUAUAAUGAAACAUAUUUUGGACUACAUCUUCAGUGGUGAAAUCACUUUAAGCGAAGAAACCAUCCAGGACAUGGUUCAGGCGUCCGACCUGCUCCUCAUGACGGACCUCAAGGCCCUGUGCUGCCAGUUCUUAGAGAGCUGCAUCACAGCAGAGAACUGCAUCGGCAUCCGCCUCUUCUCUCUGCACUACUGCCUCUACCACGUCCACUACGCCGCCACUGAGUUCCUGCAGACACAUUUUGGUGACGUAGCGCAUACCGAGGAGUUCAGGGAGCUGUCCCAUGACCGGCUCUGUGAGGUGCUGGCUAUGGAGAAGCUGAACGUGGGCAACGAGAAGCACGUGCUGGAGGCUGUUGUGAGAUGGUUGGCUCAUGACCCCGAGGAUCGCAAGGUCCACAUGAAGGAAGUGAUGUCUGCAGUGUGGCUGCAGGGCCUCGACCUGAGCUACCUGAGAGAGCAGGCCAUGGGGGAGCCGCUGAUGAGGGAGGUGAUCAGAGAUUACUGUCAGUCUGUGCUGAGUGAUGGGCCGCUGCAGGGAGAGGCUAUGCUCGCUGCCUUCAAACCCAGAGGUUACUCAGAGUGUAUCGUUAUCGCCGGAGGAGAGGAUCGCAAGACCAGGAAGCCCAUUGCUCUGACACGCUGCAUGUGUCCGCUCUACGACACCAACAGACAGGCCUGGAUCGAGCUGCAGCCAAUGAGCGUCGCACGCGUCAGCCACGGGGUGGUUGCUGCUGAGGGUUUUCUGUUCGUGAUAGGCGGAACAGAUGAACACAACACAGUGCUGGAGAGUGGAGAGAAAUAUGACCCUGAUUCCAACACCUGGAGCCCGAUAAACACCAUGCUGCAGGCUCGUCAUAGCUUCGGUGUGGUCGAGCUGGACGGUCUUAUCUACGUCCUCGGAGGAGAGAAUGAAGAAUCAGAGCUGGUCACCGUAGAAGUGUUUGACCCUCACUUCAAUACCUGGAGAAUGACCACUAGUAUGACCAUGAUCCGCAAGGUCGGCUGCUACGCCUCUAUGAAUAAGAAGAUCUAUGCCAUCGGUGGGGGAUCCUACGGGAAGCUGUUUGACUCUGUUGAAGCCUUUGAUCCCAAAACGCAGCACUGGACCGGCCUCUGUCCUCUGAAAGAGAGAAGGUUUGGUUCGGUGGCGUGUGGCGUUAGCCAGGAGCUCUAUGUGUUCGGUGGCGUACGAAGCCAAGAGAACGAGAACCCCGAGCAAAGACAGAUGACGACCUGCAAGUCUGAGUUCUACCAUGACGAGAUGAGGAGGUGGAUGUUCCUGGACGACCAGAGCCUGUGUGUUCAGACCAGUUCAUCCUUUGUGUACGGUGCUGUGCCCAUUGGAGCCAGCGUCUAUGUGGUGGGAGAUCUCGACACGGGAACGAGCUUCGACUACAUCCGGGAGUUUCGGCGCAGCAGCGGGACGUGGCAUCGCACUAAACCCAUGUUACCCUCUGACAUGUCCAAAACAGCAUGCGCAGCCCUGCGCCUCGCCAACUGUCGCCUGUUCCGCCUUCAGCUGAGCCAGGGCAUAUUCAGGAUCAGAAUAUGACGUGAACAACAGGCGGUGGCUCGGUAUCACUCUGCACUCCACCUUUGCACACUGAAACGGUCUGCCAGCUGCAGGAUUGGGUUGAGGGAUUUGAAGAACACUAGUAUGUUUUAAUUUUUUUAGACUUAAAGAUGGGGAACUGUCUGUUCAGGUUUUAGAAUGAAGACGGGGCAGCAGCUCAUCCAAACAUGUUUUUAAACAUCGAAGGUUUUAUGGGAUUUUUUUAAUGCAAUUUCUUAUUUUUUAAGACAUUUUUAUUUUUUGUCUUUCACUUUAACGGAUGCUCAUUUCUUCUGUUUACUGGUGAUCUUUUGCCUUAUGAGGGAUUUAACACUGAAAACGACUAAUUAAUCACAGCAGGGAUCAUGAUUCAUACUGCUGUGUCGCAAUCUGCUUUAAGUUCUGCUGUAUUAAGUUUUGAGAUGGUGUUUGUUUUCCUUGUUAUAACUUGUAGCCCACAUGAUCACACUGGAGGGGAGAUUCAAGUGGAGGAAAUGUUUCUGCUAUGUUAACAGAUAGUUCUGUGGGAGGUGAGACCUUUGUGUUAGUCCCUUCAAAUCAAAGAGCAAGGGUAUGUUUUUUUUCCAUUAUUUAUACAUGUGAAGAAACCGUCUGCACGAGGCAAAAUACUAUCCCUCCUUUAUUUACUGCUACAAUUCUUGGUAUGGGCCAGAAUGCAAUGCAACAACAAUGAAGGCACAAAGCCUCGGCACACUUCAAAGUAACUCUGAUCAAAGAGGAUCAUUGCCUAUAAUACUGUGCGAGAAAACUGCGUCACAAUCUCAGUCUGCCGAUAAAGAACAGAUCUUGAGAGGAGUCGGACUGUGCAAUGAAUUGUUACAACUAGCAUCAUGCGUCUGUGUCUAUAAGAAGCUACAGCCAAAGCAUAGGAACUUGUUUUAAUUUGGAGCUUUAUUCUGAAAGGGACAAAGUUGUGUCAGCUGCCUUAUUCUGCAUCACUUUAGGUUGUGUUCUGUUUGGUAGGUUUGUAGAAGAAGUUGCGUUGUGAAAAUUUGGUUUUCGGAUUGUCAAUAAUGACAUUUCUUCAUGCAUUCCUACAGCAGCUGUAGGAGUUUAAAUGAAUAUUGACGUCUAUAGGAGCUACAAAAGCAAACGACACCAACAGUAUAAAGAUAAACUUAUUCUAUGUAGUUAUUUUUCAUGUCUGAAACUGCUGCCACAGAGUAGGUGUCAGACGAAGUGAUAAACUGCAGAAACAUCCUUUGUUUACAGUUUCCUUGGCAACAAUUCUCAAUGAGGGAAAUGUUUGACUGUUAGAAAGAAGGCAUAAAAACUGUAAUUACACGUGUGCAGGGGGAAAAAACGAGCGAAGGCAUAAGAGGUACCACUGGGAUUACCAAAACUGAACACAAACACAAAGAGUGUAGACCCAGAGGAUGAGCACACUGUGUAACUAUUUAUCAUUUAAUUACAAAGACUUGUCUGGUUUUGUCUUUGCUCUCAUUUGGCUGCCUGAUGUUGUUUCACCACAUUUUUUCUCACAUGUGUCAAUGUGAUUGUUGACAGAAUCACACGACUGUCACAUGAAACCUCUCAUCUGCUGUCAUGUUUAUUCUUCCUGUAAAAACCCCGCUAAGCUAUGCAACAAAAUAACCAUAAAUAAGUGUAGAAAACCAGUUACUGAAAUAAAGAAAAUAUAAAAUUAUA